AUGCGGCGCGCUUCAGCAGACUUGACCGACGCCGCUCGGAAUAUCGAGGAGUCAAUCGGCGCACCCUCACCGACAGCGAUAGACCCGGAGAUGGAUCUGUCUCUCCCCCUGGAGGAAGAAGAGGACGGAACCAGCCAGUUCACGCCGCCGCCGCGCAUCGCCGCGCGAUUCUACCGCCCUACUCAGAACCGUCGCAAGGACUCGGCCGCCUCCUCGCGCCGCAACUCGAUCUCUUCGGCCCAUUCGCGCUCUUCUCACGGCUUCAGCACUCGGGACGGCGAUCCGCAGAGCAAGUACAUUGCUCAGCAGUUGCGCCGUGCGUCCAUCCUUGAGGACCGAAAGGCCCGCCUGGCUGAUCGCGCAGCUCAUGCAGAGAAGGUGCGCCUGAGGGCAGCCAUGGCCAAGACUGCACACCAGAGGACCUCCAAUUCCGAAGAGCGGGCCUUGGCGGCAGCGCAGGCCAGGGAAAGCAAGCUUGCCGAGAUCGUGGCUGCUUGUGCUGAGGAGGUCAAGCGCGCAAAAGCCGUAGCUGAGUCCAUGAAAGAGAAGAGAGAGCAGGAGUUGCGCAAACUGAAACUGCAGAUGGAAGAACGCCUUGCCGACGCCGAGAAGAGGAGAGAAGAGCUGCGCAGCCGGCAUGCUGCCAAGAGGUCGCGAGGCCAGAGCAUGUCAUUGAAGAAGCCCAGCGUCGACGCAAUGUCUGGGGUCAAGGAACAGGCCGUCAUCGUCCUGAGUGACGAGAGUGCGGCGUCUAAAGUCCAGUGGUGGUGGAGAGCUGCCCUGAGAAGGAAGGCUGUUCAGGACUUUUCCGAGUUAGGCUUGACCAUUGACAGCGUCAGGGAGACUUCGUUCGAGAAGGUCGUAGAGCUCCUAGCUGAGGAAAAGGUUCUCCUUACGGCGGCGCGUGUGCUUCGAAUGUGUGGUCUGAAGGAAGGCGAGCCUGACUCGGUAGAGGAAAUGGCCGCGAUCCGUACUUUUCUCAGCGCCUUCGUUAUUUUGGGCCAUCCCACCCAAGUCCUUAGCAACAAGGACAACAAAGGGGAACAGGAGCAGGUUGGAUCUGUCCUUGGGCAACCCAUCCCUCGUGACGAUCUUGCUAAUCCACAGUUACAGGAUCUGGUGGGCAAGGCUCGCGAUCUCUUAAUCUCGUUCGAGAACAUACUAUCACGUUUGACCUCACUCAACAACUGGACCACACCUCCCGCCCUCAAGGAGGCUUUACCAGAGGCAUAUGCCACAUUCCACAACGCCUUCAUUGCUUGGAAAGCGCGAGAUUCCAAUGCCCUGAUCGAAGUCAUGAUUCUUCAAUUCGUCGAGCUGGACGCCAUCCUACAGACUGUCAAAGACAGUACUGAGCAGGCAGUGUCCGAGACAUAUCAGCAGAGCAUUAGAGACAACCAGUUACAACUUAUGGUGCGGAUUAAGAGGCUUGCUGGUGCCCAGCAGGGCAAAAAAAUGAUAUUCGAUGCUGUGCGCGAAGCACGGAAGGCUAGAGCAGCGAAGAAGCCAACAGGCGACACUAGACCAAGGAUAGCAGACGACUCUCUCGACAGCGAGGGCACUGCAAAAGACCAAGUAAACGCAGAGACUGUAGUCUCAAGGCAGCUGCAAACCUUGACACCUCCCCCCACUCCACCAAGCAAGUCCGAGGGCAAAAAGCCGAUACUACAGCCAAUUUACCCUCCUAUACUCCCGGAUAACAGGGUUAUUGUUCAUGAACUCGCUAUCAAUCGGGAGUACCGCAUUGAGUACUCCCAUUUUCGGGAGCAGCACAAGAUGCGCAUGGGGCCAAUGUUCAAAGAUCUUAAGAAUGGCCCGAGGAGUGAGGAAAAGGAGUUUCAUUAUCUCCUCGUCAUGGCCCACUACAUUAAGGACAGGCUACAGCACCUUGUUAAGUCUGGUUCGACAAUGCACACCUUCAUAGGUGAGAUCCUGGACACGGAAGUUGCCCAGCAGCAGUUUCUGGCUGGUAGCUUCUCCAUCGAGAAAUUCUUCUCUUCUAUGGGCUCUCUCCUACCCAGGUUGUGCGCUCCAGUGCGUGACGAAGAGGUCAAGGAACUGGUCGAGAAGCAUUUGACUGAAGGCCACAUGGUGGAUCGACUUGAAGCCUUGGUUGCCUUCAUUGACACCAUGUUGUACGAUUACGCAAAUUACAUGCUGCAGGUGGCAGCUCCAAACCUCAUCGAGAAUGCUACUCCCUACGAGACCAAACGAUUCUCUGAGGAAUUAGAGAACGGUACGACCAGCCUGACCCGUGCCAAAGCCUCCUGGAAGGCGGCACGCACGAAGUUGUACGAUGAAGCCGCACGACGUGAUCCAGAAGGAGUCAAUCACCCGAAAUCGCGGCCGACGCCAGAUAAGAUAUACUGGCAGAUGCUUCUGGAUGAAUUCACACAGCCGUCGCCUCCAGCCGACACAAUCCCCGAACCUCUGGGACUCGAUGUCAGGCGGCGUCUGCGUAUCGGCCUGCAGACACUGAGAAUUGCGACAGCUGGUGCUAUAUUGCUGCAAUGCAAGAAUGUUUUGAAACGCGAUGUUCGUGCGCCAUGGAGAACGGAAGCAGGGCGUCUCAUGAUGGUACUAGAGGCCAUCGAUGACACGAACAAACCUCUCGAGCAGCCGGCUGCUAUUGAUGGCAUCAUGGCAGCGCUGGAAGCAGGACGCUCAAUGCCCGCUGCCACCAAAACCCACCUCAGGAAUCUGGUGACCAAGUUCCUGUCGGCUAGUGCGGAGGCGAAGCGCAGUAACACAGAACCUAGAGAGCCGGUACUACGUCUGCUGGUGGUGCGGAUCAGAGUCCACGUCUUGUCACGACUGCAGGCCGGCUCCGCCAGCGAGAAAGUCAAGGCUACGAGCACAGCUGGUGAGAAGCUUGCCGGUCUUGGGCUGCCCGAGUUCGUAGACAAGGUGAGGGAGAUCGUAGACGAACUGGCUAGAGUCGGUGCCAUCGACCGAGAGUCACACGGCAUCUGGUGGGAGACGGUUGCGGAGAGUGUGGACAAGGAGGCGGCGGCAGCACAGACACGAAGUUAG